AUGUUACCCAACUCGUUGAUCCCUACGGCGUUGCCCAAGGCUCAAUUUCGCGCCGUCGUCACGUGCGGCUACGGCUCGGAUCUGUACCCUCUCAUCGAGCCACUAGCAACCUUCACCGACGACGAACCGGACGAAAGCCCGAAUGCGCCUCUCUCCUCUCAACACCAUCACCACCAUCAGCGUAAUGACAGCCAAGGCGGUGCGAAUGCGACUGGGGUGAUGGGCGGCUCUUCGUCCGGGACAGGGGCUGGUGCAGGCACGAUAGCAGGGUUGGGGUCGAACAAUGCUGGUACGAGUGCGGCAACGAGUGCGAGUACAAAGAAGCCGGGUCAGGUCAAGGCUCUGUUGCCUGUGGUGGGCAAGAAAAUGGUCGAUUGGACACUGGACAGGGUCGAAGAAGCGGGUGUAUUCGGUGCGGACGGCACGCGCCUCUCAGCGUGUGAGAGUGGGCACGAUACGCGUGCGAUACGCGUGCUAACACGGUGCCCGGGACCGCAGAUGUACUCGUCUUGUCGCCGUCUUCGCUGGCCUCGCCGAUAGCGCAUCAUUUGCGAGCGAGGAGGACCGCGCCGUCGACGAGCAACCUCCCUUCGGGCACCCCCUCGACCAAAAUUGAGCUGGAAGACGUGCCCGACGCUGUCGCUCGUCAAGGUAGCGUGGCCGUGUUGAAGUGGGCAACAGAAAAAGGGCUUAUCAAGGUCAGUUACCCGCCCCGCAAUCAUCAGCUCACUCCACUCCAAUUCACGCGUCCAAUUUUUCUUUCCAAAGUCCGAUAUCCUUUUGGUGCCGUGCGAUCUCCUCCUCGUACCCACAACGAUGACUACCAUAUCGCUCGCAUCUCUCAUCGAUCGCCAUCGAACCGACGACAACCUCAUGACGACGCUCUUUUACGAAAGGGCCGCAGGCGCAGUGGUCGAAGCCCGAAAGGAUGGUCAGUUCCUCGCUCCUCCGGCUCCGUCAUAAGAUUUGGCCUGUAUUGACCAUGUCCGCCUGGAAUCGCACAGGUCCUUCGGAGAUCCUCACGAUAUACGAUAGCAAAACUUCCACUUUACUCGAUAUUAGGGAGAUGGCCGAAUUCGAUGACGACGAGAUUCCGUUGAGGACCUCUCUUUUGGAAAGGUCAGUUCAGAACGUUGGGAUCCCACUCUUCGUGCCUUCUACGGAUGCUUACUUCGCAUUCCGCCUUGUCACUUACAACAGAUUCCCCUCACCCACACUUUCAACCACUCUUCUGCCCUGCCAAGUCUACAUCUUCUCGUCCCUCGUUUUUCCGUUGCUCACCUCCCCCAACAACGCCCGUCGCUUAAGCCACAUGGAAAGCCUACGCGAGUUCGCCGGUUGGGUCGCGCGUUUAUCGUGGCGCAACAGCGGCAAAGAUGCGAUCGGGUACAGAGACGUUCGCUCGGUGCAAAGGGAAGACGGUCUGGCGAUGGGUCGAUCGACCACGCAAGCCCCUCUCGGCUUUUCGCACCCGUCCAAAUUUCCCUUCGCCCACUCGCCUCAACCGCUUUCGGGACCUCAAACGGGAGCGAACACUCCUGCGCUCGUGUCACGUUCGUCAUGGCUCAGAAGCAGCAUCUCGAACGGACCCAACAACGGCGAAUGGGAUCACGGUCUCUUAUCCAAAGCCGCCGUAGGAGGUGCCGGUGCCGGAGGUCGUAAGAACGGUCGAGCCGCGACCGGAGGGUGCAAGCUCGUGAUUUGGAAAUCGCACGACGGUUGGUGUGGGCGAGGCAACACCGUCGCCGGUUACGUCGAAUUGAAUCGCUCGGCGUUGAAGUUGUUACCGCCUCAACCACCGGCGACGAAUACGCCUCAGGGCGUGUUCAUUUCCCCCGAUUCGUGGUUGCAUUCGAGUGUGCAUGCGAACUUGGGGGAGAAGGUCGGGGUCAAGAGGUCGAUUAUCGGGAGAGGGUGCUUUGUGGGGAGAUUGACCAAGUUGACGAAUUGCGUCUUGAUGGAUGGGGUGCACAUCGGGGAAAAGUGAGUCGUCGCGGGUCGAUCGAACGCGCUCGGUCUGUUUGACUGGACAAAGCAAAGCGCUGACUCGCCUUUGCGUGUACGCAUCCUUGUGUAGCUGCAAAUUAGAUAACUGCGUCGUUUCGACGAAUGUGCAGAUCCGCGAUCGCGCGCAAUUGAAGGACUGCGAGAUUGGGCAGGAUUACAUCGUCGAAGCUGAUGGUGAGUGCCACAAACGGAGACUUUCAGGGUAGAAAUGAUCUUGGAUCUGACAUCUUUUCGAUUCGCUUCCUCUCUUUCUUCCUUCUCCCUUCUUCAGCCUCGAUCAAGAAUGAACAAUUUGUCGUGGAGCUCGAUUGA